GGUGGAAAUUGCAAGGGGCGGGGAAGCUUUUUGUCCACAAAAACAACGACCAAAUUUUGGCAAGCGAAAGAAGACACUCUCUUAUUAUCGAGAAAGACCCAGCGCACUAUCUACCGAAACAAGAUGCCCAUGGUCCACCUCCAACAACAGCACCAGCAUCAGCAUGGGAGUCCGUUGUCGUCGACUACCAGUGCCUCGCUGCUUCCCGCGUCGGGUUUGACAUUUUCGCGCAGUUGGUUGGUCCACAUUGCGCAUGAAACGGUCAAGAUUGCCGAAGAAGGGUGCUACACCAACGGCCAAGGUCGCAAGGUUUGUGUGGCCGAAGCCUUGCGGUACAGCAUGAAGAAUUCCGUUCAUUAUCAUUCGUCGCAUCAAUUCACCCAAGAGGAGAUUCGUCUCCAUGCGGGACCUCCCCGCUUUGAAGAUACCGAGUAUCACGUCGUGUACGGGAGUUCUCUGCAAGUCGCCACCAAAUUGCAAGAGUACUUGUCAUCCAAUGAUACUGACAAUACUGAUACUGAUACUGAUGACAGCAGUGGAACCAUUGGUAUUUUGAAUUCGGCCAGUGGCAAACACCCGGAAAAGUUUUUGCGUGGGACACUGAGUCAAGAAGAAGGAAUUUGCCGCGCCACAUUGCUCUAUCCCUGUCUGAUGCAGUACUACAAUCGACCCCAUCACUUUUACUACGUCAAUCACAAGGAAAAGUACCAAGACAAUAGCAGCAGUUGUGCCAUUUUUGUGCCGAGUGUCCCCAUGGUACGAGCCGAUUCCCAACGAGGCGAUUUGUUGGAACAUCCCUUGAAGUUUAGUGUCAUUUCCAUUCCCGCACCCAAUGCGUUUGCACUGGGAGAUGACACAGCGCCGUGUGUCCCCAAGGCACAAUCCAUUGGUGCUUCCAAAAACAAUGAACCGUAUCAGUACUGGACGGUCGAACGGGCAUUGGAAGAUCGGUUGCAUCGAGCCUUGUCCAUUUUGGCAUUGCAGGGAUGUACCGAUAUUGUGCUGUGUGCGUUUGGAUGUGGCGUCCACGGCAAUUCGCCCCAACAAGCGGCACGGUCCUUUCGAACCCUCCUCCAUGGCGAAUUUGCCGGACGAUUCCGAACCGUCGCUUUUGCCAUGAAUUCCAAUCGUCCACACAAUUUCGAACAGUUUGCACAAGUCUUUCAACAACAACCAGAGGAACAAGAGGAACCACAAUCAUAGAUAAACAUUAUUUGUGAUGUGCAGACGCUACACAGUUGUACUACAUAAACAUAGAUUUCACAUCCAUCCAUCCAUAACCCUGCUUAUUAGUACUAGUCUAGUAGUGAUAUCCCAAAUAAACCUAACAGAUAAU